AUGGUGUCGGUGUCCGUCACGGUGACGGUGUCCGUCACGGUGACGGUGUCCGUCACGGUGACGGUGUCCGUCAUGGUGUCGGUGUCCGUCAUGGUGUCGGUGUCUGUCACGGUGACGGUGUCUGUCACGGUGUCCGUCACGGUGUCUGUCACGGUGUCGGUGUCCGUCAUGGUGUCGGUGUCCGUCAUGGUGACGGUGUCUGUCACGGUGACGGUGUCCGUCAUGGUGACGGUGUCUGUCACGCCGCACGGCCUGCGCCACCGCUACGACCCGCGCAGCGGGCGGCUCGAGCGCCUGCAGGACGUGCCCGUGCCCGUGCACCUGCCGCCCGCCGCGCACCGCGGCCUCUGGGGCGGCGAGGGCUGGGUGCGCGGCUUCCGCUACGCGCGCAACGACAAGCUCUCCACGCGGCUGCCCAAGACGUGGAAGCCGCAGCUGUUCACGCGCCAGUUCUACAGCGAGAUCCUGGACGCCACGCUCACCAUCACCGUCACCAUGCGCACGCUCGACCUCAUCGACGACGCCUUCGGCUUUGACUUCUACAUCCUCAAGACCCCCAAGGUGGACAUGUGCUCCAAGCUCGGCAUGGACCUGAAGCGAACGAUGCUGCUGCGCCUGGCGCGGAAGGACCCCGCGCUGCACCCGGACGACCCAGCCCGGAGGGAGGCCAUUUACCACAAGUAUCGGGAGUUUGUGAUUCCAGAAGAGGAGGCUGAAUGGGUUGGCCUGAGUUUAGAAGAAGCAAUAGAAAAACAGAGGCUUCUGGAAAAGAAGGACCCUGUCCCACUCUUUAAAGUAUAUGCUGAAGAGCUCGUCAACAAACUGAAAGAAGAGGCACUUCAGAAGAAAUAGAAGAAAAGAAGUCUUUGAAGCAACUCUCUACUGCAGAUCAAGCUGUGGGAUUCAGUGAGUCUUCUGUCAGAGCUAGUGUGGAAAGGGCCACAUUUGAUACCUGUGCUCCCAGGAGCAUGUUGCGCUUAUCAAAGUCCAACACUAGCAGCUUAAAUUCAAUGAGGAACUGUUCCUGUUGGGUGAGAAAGGAAUUUCUGCCCUGUGGCUUCUGAAGGGAUUUGCAGGGGACUGACUUAAUGUGGUUCUUUCUGCCUGUGCAAAUAGUUGACUGCUGUUAAGAACUUGAUCUGUGG